UUCAGUUUUCAGGCAUUUCGUGCGUCUCGUACGUGCGCGCACCCUACCAGUUUGGGUAAAAGUAACUGAGCUGGAAUGAAUACAAAACACUGUAGGAAUUAAUUGCUAGCCUCUCAAUGAAUUUUCAAAGGUCCAUUCAUAGGACGAGCGAGGACUUGUGUUUGGAGAAAGACCUGGUAGGAGUACAGUCAAAAUGAGCAAGAAACCCCCAAAUCGUCCAGGGAUCACUUUUGAGGUUGGAGCAAGGGUAGAGGCCCAGGACUACCUACAGAAAUGGUACUCUUCCCGAAUUGAGCAGAUUGAUUAUGAUGAGGGAAAGAUGCUUGUGCAUUUUGACCGUUGGAGCCAUAGAUACGAUGAAUGGAUUCUGUGGGACAGCAACAGACUUCGGCCAUUAGAGAGACCAGCAGUCCGCAAAGAGGGUCUCAAAGAAGAGGAUUUGUCUGAGAGACUCAGCGAGAUGAGAGCAUCUCGCCUUCGUGAGCUUCCUGGAAGUACAGAGAGCACAGAGGACCAAAAAGAUUUACCACAGCAGAGACAAGAAUUGAGAGAUGGUGAGGAAGUGCUUGCUCGGUGGACAGAUUGUCGCUAUUACCCCGCCAAGAUUGAAAGUUUCAACAAGGAAGGCACUUACACUGUACAGUUUUACGACGGAGUCAUUCGCUGCGUGAAAAGAAUCCACAUCAAGUCCAUGCCGGAAGAUGCAAAAGGACAACAGGACUGGAUCGCUCUGGUGAAGGCAGCUUCAGCCGCAGCUAAGAGUAAAGGAGGGAGCCGGCCACGCACCAGCGCCAACAGCAACAAGGACAGAGAACAGCGGUCGGAUGAAGAGCUUGACAAUGAGGAUGACAAUGAUAGUGAAUCAGAGAAACUCGCAGACCCGGAGUCAGAAGAAGAGGACAGUAAACCGGCUGCCGAGGAGCUUGAAUCAGCUACGGAAAAGAGGAGAAGCAGAAGACAAGGCAACAUGUGCAGUAGUAAACGGGCUCGUGUCAGUAAAGGGUCAGAAUGUCCUGACACUGAGUCUGAAUGCAAAGCAGAGCCAAAGGAGCUUCCAGUGACCUCACAGCAGAACGUGUCUGGGCCAGAGGAGACUCCAGCAGAGGAGAAAUCGCAGUCUGUCAGUGCUCAAAAACCUCCAACACCUAUCUCUACCUCCUCCCCGUGCAAGUCCCGCUCCAGAAGACUGAAACACGACUCGGGAGAGUCCACCUCCAGCAGUCAGAACACAACGACAGCUCUCGAACCCAGUCCUUCACCCAGCUCGACACAUGCCGUGCCAGAUAGCAAACGCAAUGCCUUUCCCAAUUCCCCCCAGAAAAGGAGACGAUCUCAACGUCUAGCGACUAGCUCUGAUCAGACCUGCUCCACCUCACCGCACAUGAGCGAUUCUAGCACCCUCCCUCCACCCCCAGAUGGCUCUCAGAAAACUGAUGAAGACCUCAACACGGUUGUGAAAACAGAAGCACCUUCACAAAAGCCAGUUUCGGGAAGCCCAUCCACAGCUCCUCCCACUGACGGUGCUCAGUCACCAAUCCCCGAGAAGGACAAGAUGACUGAUGUAUUGCCUGGUAGUCAAACAACAGUUGGAGAGAGCUCACCUACUGUAGUGACGGCUGCUGGUCAGAAGGUUCCUUCCAGGACGCCUAAAGCCAACAAACAUGCAAGAGAGCCAAUUAUGAACACCAAGAGGUCAGAUGACUCUUCUGCUUCCAAAGAGUGUGUGAUAGACCUGGAUCAUAAUAAAUUUAAGUGUAAAGUCUCUGGCUGCUCUAAAGCGUUCCGGAAAGCAAAGCUGCUGGACUAUCACCUGAAGUACUAUCAUAACACUGAGAAAGAUAUGGACAGCGAGGCAUGCUCACCAGAGAGGGUGGGCCGCACCAGGGCCACGUCUGCUUCCAUGCCUACAAGCACCCUGUCUGAUAUCCCAGACAACAAGAGACGCAGGACCGUCUCGACUUCUUCCUCUCUGUCCUCUCAAGGUUUUAUGCUUCACAUGGACGGCAUGGGCUGUGCGAGGCCUCCUUUGAAGUUCUGCAAGAAGAAACGGUCCUCUGCCUCCAUGAGUUCAGACAGUACAGAGGUCUCUCUACCGCCUCCAUCCUUUGAUAACCUUCACGACAAGAUUGUGAAGAAGGAAAGGCACCUGGAUGCAGCAGGGCUGUGUACAAAGACGGAGAGAAAAUUCAGACUGGAGGAUAAAUGUCAGUUGUUUGUGAAAAAGAGAGAUAAAGACAGAAGGGACCGAAAAGACAAGGAGCUUUUCAGAAUAAAACAGAAGAAGAAGAAGAAGAAGAAGAAGAAAUCAAAACAGCACUGUUACUCUGACCUGGAAGAGGUGUCUUUGGCUUACCUGGAGCAUUCGUCUUCCCCACUACACCGUUCUUCCUCCAGCGCCUUCAAGCACAGCACCUUCCAAUACCCUCGUGCCAUACUGUCUGUCGACCUCACCGGGGAGAACCUAUCAGACAUCGACUUCCUGGAAGACUCAACCACUGAGAGUUUGCUGUUCAGUGGAGACGAGUAUAUCCCGGAUCUAGACUCCAUCACUAUGGAGGACUUCCAAGAUGAAGAUGAUGUUGGUGCUGAUGAAAUCGUCCGCUGUAUCUGUGAGAUGGAUGAAGAAAACGGCUUCAUGAUCCAGUGUGAGGAGUGCAUGUGCUGGCAGCACAGUGUGUGUAUGGGGCUUUUGGAGGACAGCAUCCCAGAGCAGUACAUCUGUUACAUCUGUAGAGAUCCUCCAGGUCAAAGGUGGAGCGCUAAAUACCGUCAUGAUAAGGACUGGCUCCAAAAGGGCCACAUGUAUGGCCUGUCCUUCCUCGCAGAGAACUACUCGCAUCAGAACGCCAAGAAGGUUGUUUCCACUCACCAGCUGCUGUCUGAUGUUUACAAUGUCAAAAACGUGCUCCACGGCCUUCAGCUGAAGAUGGACAUUUUACAGAACAAGAAUAACCCAAGUUUGCACUUAUGGGCCCGGUCUUGGGUGAACUCUGACGAGAACCAGCCCAUGGGGGGUGUUCCGGACUGCCUUCCUUUUAAAGAGCACCUUAACCUGAACUCAAACCCUGAAACCUAUAUCACCAGCGAACACAGCUACCAGAAACCUCCUGGUACGGGCCUGGAACACAUGCACGGCCCUCAAAGGGAUGAGCAGGGGACACAAACUCCUUCACACACGAUGCAGUUUAAUCUAAAGGAAGAAGAGGUAAGCAGUGCCAUUGCACUGUCAGGCUGCGUGAACGACAGCAACCGGGGGUCCGUGGAGCAGUCCAGGAACUGUCUGCAGUGGCAGAUGAACCUGCUCACGCACAUAGAGGACAUACAGAACCAGCUGUCGGGUCGGAUGGACCUCAUCGAGAAAGAGCUUGAUGUGCUGGAGCACUGGUUUGACUUCACGGGUGAAUUGGAGCCCCCUGACCCCCUGGCCCGUCUCCCACAGCUCAAGUGUCGCAUCAAACAGCUUCUGACGGACCUGGGAAAGGUGCAGCAGAUGAGCACGCUCUGCUCUGUGUGAUACACAACACGCAUUAUAGUGCGUGUUCUGAGCUUCUAACACCCUCCUGUUUCUUCACAUGCACGCGCUACACGUAUGAAGAGAUUGAAAGCAAUGCUCCUGUUUAGUAGACGCGUGUGCACACGUGAAGUAACGCUGGAGAGCAAAUUGGUUUGCUCUGCUACAAACUGUUUUACAAUGCUUGUCACCACAAAGUGUGAGAUAAAGGACAAUUCCCACAUGAAUGCGUGAAACGAGAUGCAAGACUGUAGCCCAAGUCUAAACCACAUCUGCUUAAUAAUAGGAAGAGAACACAUGCCACAGGGGGUGUUAAGUUUUAAAUGGACUGAAGAGGUUAUGACAUCACACUCAUAUUUUCACUCUGUGAGCUUAUGGAAAUAUGAAGUUUUAAAUAUGACAUUGAAGGGGGUUACUAAAAGCAAGUGUGAUUAAUUUAUUUAUUGGAUAGGCGGCUGCCAGUCAAAGGGUGAAGGGUCACUUUGAAGUGCCAAGAGAACAGACUGCUGCAAUCUGUUUUUCAGACACGUGAUUUGAUUGAAGGUUUGAAAUGGAUGUUACUUGCUAGAUAAAACGUGUUUCCAGUUGGGUUCACUGGCACUAAAAGUUCACAAUGCCAACAAUUCAUAUAAGCGACAACUAGGUUGUUUUCAUAAAGCAGUUCCUGUGUAAUACUUGUUUUAGCAUGUUUAUUUACAGUCUUGAUGGAUGCUGUAGUUGAUUUAAAGGAAGACUAGCUUUUCUAACAGCUACUCGGUCAUUAUUCAGCCCAGAGAUAGGUGACUCUUCUCACCGAAGUCUGUUUAUCAUGUUGAUACUUUAAGAGUUGCUACAGUAAAGUAAGCUAAUCCUGAGAUGGAUGUAAAUGCAUAUAACAGAUCCAUUUAAUUCAUUUUUGGGGGGGGAAAUGUAUUUAUACAGUUUUUAUAACUGUCUGAAAACAACGAAAACUAAGGCAUAGGAGGUCAACACGUGCCUGUUUAAUCUCUCAAUUUCUAUUAAUCUGUACAAAACGUGUUUUAGAAUUUAGAUUUAAAACUUGAAGUUUGUUUUGAUGAGAUACCAGCUGUACAUUAAAGAGUUUAUUUAAAGACCUGGUGUAAUUAUCUGUAUGUACAACUUCAUUAAAAAUAUUCUUG